AUGGCAAUGGAAGUGUUUCAAACCGAAACACACUACAUCUUCCUGCGGAAGGAACGGAGCCUCUGGUGGAAUCGAUAUUCUUCCGAAUUUCAACUAAAGUGCGGAUGGGAUUUGUCAUCGGUGGACGAUAUCGAGUGUAUCGGUGUGACGCACGGUAUUGUCGGCACGAUUGCACUACAGGGUGUGCUGGAACCGCAUCUGAUCGUGAUCAAGGAGGUGGUACCGGUUGGUGUACUGUACGCACCGCAUCUGGUGUACAAGAUCAAGAGUAUUGCCGUGCUGGGACCGGAUGGGGCCGAUACGCUGCUACUCGGCUGCAGCAAGCACAACACCAACCAGGCGGUCAAAAUAGCACCGGCGGUGGCGGGCGGUGGUGGUGGUACGACGGUACCACCGGAAGGCCAUCCCUCCCCCAAAAGCCGUCUGUUUGAAAGUUCGGCCCUGGUGAACAAGACCUGGGGUGCGGUAAAGAGUGCCGGAAGUACUAUCCGCAACACGACGGAGAAGGCGGCCGCCAUCGCUACCAGCCAGGUAAAGUCGACCGUUAGCCUGGUGGUAAAGGAUCCGGUACGGAUCGAGAAGCGUGUCAUCGACGAGCUGCACAAAAUUUUCGACGAUACGGACAGCUUCUACUAUAGUCCUAACUGUGAUAUUACGAAUAAUCUGCAACGCCGGGGAGCACCGCCGGACGAUCGAUUCUACUGGAACAAACCGAUGCUGGCGGAGCUGCUGAAGGUGGUAGACGGACCUGUGGCAGACUCCUGGGUGCUGCCAAUCAUACAGGGGUUCGUGCAAGUCGAACAGUGCGUCAUUGGGAAUGAAUGUUUUACGCUGGCGCUCGUCUCACGUCGUUCGCGGAAUCGGGCCGGUACGCGGUACAAGCGUCGUGGUGUGGAUGAACACGGCAACUGUGCAAACUACGUGGAAACGGAACAGGUACUGUCAUUGCGCCAGCAUCAGAUAUCGUUCACACAGGUGCGCGGUUCGGUACCGGUGUACUGGAGUCAGCCGGGUUACAAGUAUCGGCCACCGCCACGCCUCGACCGGGAUGAGGCGGACACGCAGCAAGCGUUCGAGAAGCAUUUCGAUGGCGAGCUAAGCAUUUACCAGUCGAUUUGCAUCAUCAAUCUGGUGGAGCAAAGUGGCAAAGAAAAGAUCAUCGGUGACGCUUACGCGAACCACGUGCUGAAGUACAACUCGGAACGGUUAAUAUACGUAACAUUCGAUUUUCACGAGUAUUGCCGUGGAAUGCGGUUCGAAAAUGUUUCCUCGCUGAUUGAAUCUCUCGCGCCGGAAGCGGGUGCGAUGGGAUUUCAUUGGCGCGAUAACAAUGGCCCAAUCUGCAACCAGAAAGGUGUGUUCCGGGUGAACUGCAUGGACUGUCUCGAUCGGACAAACGUAGUGCAGACAGCCAUCGGUAAGGCGGUACUAGAAUCGCAGCUGGUCAAGCUUGGUCUUGCGAUGCCGUACUCGCAACUGCCGGACGCCCUAAAGGCACCGUUCAUGGUGCUGUGGGCGAACAAUGGUGAUGUCAUCAGCCGGCAGUACGCAGGAACAAAUGCACUCAAGGGUGAUUAUACGCGUACGGGGGAGCGAAAGAUUUCCGGCAUCAUGAAGGAUGGCAUGAAUUCUGCUAAUCGCUACUACAUUCAACACUUCGCCGAUACGUUCCGGCAGAGUUGCAUAGAUUUGCUGCAGGGUCAGCUGAGCGAGCAUGACCAUAUCCUGGAGGAUGACAUUUGCGAUGUGGUCGCCGGUAUUGCCGCUACAGCGCUCAAACCGUCCGGUCCGGUACCGUUGACGUACUACAACUAUGGCCAGAUGUCGUCCGAACAGGUGCUGCUUGAGCACGUCGUCUUCAGUGCCAGUUACUAUCUGGCCCGAUUUAAGGACACGUACCGCCAGGCAACGAUCGAUAUGAUGCUCGGUAAUAACGUUUCGCCCGAGUCGGUGUCGGCGCUCGGUGGCAGCCAGACUGCCGCGACCGAUGAAACGGACGCGCUGGAGGGUGCGGAACAUGCACGUCUGCUGGUCGAAGAUUGUCGACGGUUGUUGCUCGGUACGGCCCAGCUGCCGGUCGGUGCGUGGGGUCUGAUCGACGCAGAUCCAAGUACCGGCGAUCCGAGCGAAACGGAAGUGGACACCAUACUGAUUCUUACGGACGAUUGCUACAUUGUCGCCGAGUACGAUUCGCACCUGGACAAGAUCGUACGGUUCGAGAACGUGCCGCUGGAAAGCAUCACUCUGAUCGAGUUGGGCCUGUUUCAGCACAACAAAAUGUUCCAAGGUCCAGCGCCGGCCCAUCUGUGCAUUCGGCUAAAUUACUCGGUGGACGGUGUGGACGGUUACUUUCACAUGUUCCGCUCGCCAAACAUUCGCUUCUUCAACAACGUCGCGGUAGUGAUACGCAAAACGGAGGAAAUCACCGAAUCACUUACCGCGAUCGUGGAUCUGUUUCGGAUUGCGCUGCAAAACUGUGGUCGGUUGGAUGUGGCGUUCCAGUGUGGGGGUAGCUUGCAGCGUCGGAAGAGCCGCACGUUGCUGUCCGUACCGGCAGGGAUACCGCGCAAUCUGUCCGAGUCGCAGCUGGUGCAGAUGGGCUCGAAAGCGUUCAGCAAUAUGGCGGGUCAGUUUUCGAAAAUUGGCCAGUCACUUAAUGCGAGCAAAAUAGGGCGUGGAACGUCGGCCGGCAGUGGAAAGGGUAAAGGGAGCAAAAAGGACCAGGACCAACCGCCGGCGGAUCAGGGAGGUAGCAAGAGCGGCCGACGGGAAGGUUCAAGCGGUUCGGUCGGUUCGUUCGGUGGUGGUCAGGCUGGCACGGUUGGAGGAUUGCGGCCCGGUUCGGCGUACACCGGUGGGAACAAGAUGGAACGGUCCAGCUCGGAGUCGGAGGAAGCGGAAUGUGCCAGCAUUUACGAGCCGGAAGAUUUGGUCGAACAGAAUCCACUGUACAACGAGAACGUGUUUCUACCGUCGGUCGGUAUCGUGAUGGGUGGCUCGAGCAACGAUCCAGAUGACGUCGGCUCGGCUAGCAACGUGCUGGAGGAGAAGGACAGUAUCGCCAAGAUGUCGUCCGAUCUUUCGACGAUGUCGAUAUCGUCGGUUACGGAUCACAUCAACAUGCCGGUCGGUAUGCUCGAGUGUGCGUCACCGAUUCGCGUCAGCAGCCCAACGCCCGAAAUCUUCGUCGACGGUGCGACCGGCGGUAUGGAGGGUGAACCGACCCGGCACGGACGCAACAUGAGCCUUAAUCUGCAAGCCCCGGCCAGUGGUGGUGAUAAUGCUUUGCGGCAGCUGAAGAAACUUACCAGUCCGCUGUCCAACAUUGGCAAGGGUUUGCAAACGCUCGGUGCCAAUCUGGACCCGAGGAAGAUAGCUGUGAAGAGUCCAGUCGCACCGGUACGGAGCACCAGUGCCGCUUUUGCGGAAAUUAAACAGUUGGAAGAAAAAUGGGAAAAGGCCAGCUGUCGCACCAAGCUGAUUGCACUGUGA